AUGGAUCGCCAAGUGAUAGGAAGGAGCCGGGGAAGACCCAUUAGACAACACCCGGAAGCGGGUGGUGAUAGGGAACCCGAGGUCGAUCAAGACCAAGGGCAGGAAGGUGUGGCCGGAGAUCGGGUGGCCACCGCAAUUGACCGUAUUACUGAAGUUCUCAAGCGAUUGACUGAGCGCCAAACCACUGAACCAGUGCAUCAACCAGGAGGCCCAGUUGACUCCGAUGAUCGGGCACUGGAAAGGUUUUUGAAAUUUGGACCUCCCAAAUUUUAUGGAGGACCCGAGCCGGAAGUGGCCGAAGGCUGGUGGGAGAGAAUCACUGAGAUUUUCGCCGCCUUGAACUAUACCGAGGAGCGAAAAGUGACUUUUGCUACCUUCCAGUUUGAGGGAGCUGCCCGCUCCUGGUGGAACCUGGAGAAGAGAGAGGAUGAUUUCAUUAGAUGCAAACAAGGGGCGAUGAGUGUCGCCGAGUAUGAAGUCCAGUUCACAAAGCUGUCACGCUUUGCACCUGAGUUGAUAGCCACCGAGCAAAGGCGUGUUCGGAGGUUUGUGCAGGGUUUGAAUGUGGAACUACAGGAAAGUUUAGCUGCUGUAAGGAUAGAUACCUUCGCUGAGGUUGUUGAAAGAGCGCAGCGAGUUGAAGUAGCCAGAGCUCAAGUGAAGUCUUUUCAGUCCAAGAAAAGAUUUGCUCCUAGCAGUAGUCGGGAGCCGACUUUUGGGAAUGCUCCACCGGCCAAAGUGGACCGAGGAACUAGUGGAGUGAAUAGUUCUGGAGCACCACGAGGCGCCCAAGCAAGAGGAAACGGGGCCAGGAAUGCAGGAGGACGAAAUAUUGGAGCUAGAGGGGGACCAAUUGGAAGAGGACAACCUAGGAAUCGGCCGCAAGGGGGUCGAGCAAUAGUUCCUCAAGUGACAUGUGCUUAUUGCAAGAAACCUGGUCAUUCUAUGGAUAGUUGCUGGAAGAAGCAAGGAAGGUGCUUGAGAUGUGGAAGUAGUGAGCACCAAAUCUCAGGAUGUCCAAAGGUGCAGGAAGGGACUCCUCAGAAAGCUAGACCAAACACUUCUGGAGGGAGCCGGCCAACAGUUCCUGCCAGAGUGUAUGCUAUAGAUGAUCAACCCGUACCUGAUUCCUCGGAAGUUGUGGAAGGUACACUUCCAAUUUUUCAUAGAUUAGCUAAAGUGUUAAUUGACCCUGGUGCAACGCAUUCAUUUGUAAAUCCAUCUUUUAUGUCUGGAAUAGAUGUGCAACCCGUUAGAUUACCCUAUGAUCUUGAAGUUAGGACACCAAUGGGUAAUAAGAAGGUAACCACUAGCUUGACUUAUAGGAAUUGCGAAUUCUGGGUUGGAGAGCAAAAAAUGUUAGUGGAUCUGAUCAGUUUGGAUAUAAAAGGUUAUGAUGUUAUCAUAGGAAUGGAUUUCCUAGGUCACCAUCAUGCUAAGCUUGAUUGCCGAGCGAAAGUAGUGGAGUUUUGUAUACCCGGAGAAGCAACCCUGAGGUUAGAUGUCAAAGGUAGGUUAGCAUCUUCUGCUAUGGUCUCGGGAAUACGGGCAAGGAAGAUGUUAUCUAAAGGAGCUCAAGGUUUCAUAGCCUUCUUAAUCAAUACUCCCAGUGAUCAAGUAAGAUUAGAAGAUGUGCUAGUGGUACGGGAAUUUGCGGAUGUUUUCCCCGAAGAAUUAACGACUCUACCGCCGGAGAGAGAAGUGGAGUUUAAAAUCGACUUGGUGCCUGGAACGGCUCCAAUUUCUAAGACUCCGUACCGAAUGGCUCCUGCCGAGCUUAAAGAGUUGAAAAUCCAAUUACAAGACCUGUUGGAGAAAGACAUACCCAAGACUGCUUUUAGUACAAGAUAUGGACAUUUUGAGUUCGCAGUCAUGCCUUUUGGUUUAACUAAUGCACCAGCUGCAUUUAUGGAUUUAAUGCAGAGAAUUUUUAAGAAAUACCUGGACCAAUUUGUAGUAGUUUUUAUAAAUGAUAUUUUGAUAUACUCCAAGACUCAGGAGGAACACGUUAAGCACUUGGAGAUAGUAUUGCAGAUACUAAGAGAGCAUAAGUUGUAUGCAAAAUUCAGCAAGUGCGAGUUUUGGUUAGAGGAGAUUUCCUUUUUAGGGCAUAAGGUUUCCAAAGAUGGAAUUGCCGUGGAUCCGGCAAAAGUUGAAGCCGUUAUGAAUUGGAAGCGGCCAGAAACUCCAACUGAAAUCAGAAGUUUCUUGGGUUUAGCAGGUUAUUAUAGGCGAUUUAUCCAGGAUUUUUCGAAGAUUGCAGGACCUAUGACCGAGUUAACCAAGAAAGGAAAUAAGUUUAUCUGGGCUCCAAAAUGCGAGUCAAGUUUUCAGGAGUUAAAGAGGCGUUUAACAUCCGCUCCUGUUUUGGUGUUACCUGAUGGAGACGAAGGUUAUGCCGUGUACUCCGAUGCCUCUGGAGAAGGUCUCGGAUGUGUUUUAAUGCAAAAGGGUAAAGUAAUUGCUUAUGCUUCCAGGAGGUUGAAGCCUCAUGAACAGAACUACCCAACUCAUGACCUAGAGUUAGCAGCAGUGAUUUUCGCCUUAAAGAAAUGGAGACACUACUUGUAUGGCGUGACUUUUGAGGUUUUUACAGAUCAUAAGAGCCUCAAGUAUUUGUUCUCCCAAAAGGAACUGAAUUUGAGACAAAGGCGAUGGGUAGAAUUUUUGGAAGAUUAUGAUUGUUCGAUCAACUACCAUCCAGGAAAAGCAAAUUCUUUGGGGACCAAGUUGAAAUUUAGUACUGCGUACCAUCCCCAAACCGACGGGCAAUCGGAAAGGACAAUCCAAACUUUGGAGGACCUGCUAAGGUCGUGUAUACUGGAUUUUGGAGCAUACCAGCUGAAAUUGCCUGCAAGCAUGGCUAAGAUUCACGAUGUAUUUCACGUUUCCAUGCUUAGGAAAUAUUAUCCUGACCCGAGCCAUGUGUUACAACUGGAAGGAAUUGAAGUGGAUGAGACACUAACCUAUGAAGAAGAACCAGUUAAGAUUUUGGAAAGAGAAGUGAAGGAGCUGAGGAACAAGAAAAUCCCUCUGGUAAAGAUGUUAUGGAGAAAUCAUGGACUGGAGGAAGCAACUUGGGAAUUAGAAGAGGAUAUGCAGAAAAAGUAUCCUGAUUUAUUUUCUUAG